GCAUACCCUAAACCACUAGCGCGCUGAGUUCACAGCAGAUCGCAAAUCAGUGCACUCUUCUUUCCACUGACAGAUCUUUCCGAUCUAAUCUUGAUAACUUAAAAAAGCUUAGAUUAGUAUACGAUCAGGUGACACAUGUAGUACAAUGGAACCAUGAAAAAAUAAUAGAUCAAUCCAGUCCACAACCAGUAGGCGGUACAUGAAUUAACCCGAUAACGAUAAACCAAAGUAAUUAUUCAACACCCCCCACUGUACGAAUAUCUCAAGUCAAUAUCAAUGAACACACAAAUGCCUGUGACGAUACCAUAAAAGUUCUCACACACACACACACACACACACACACAAAAACAUCACCAUGCCGCUCUACGCAUUCGGAUCAAAUGGAUCCGGCCAGUUAGGCAUCGGGCACGACGACGACGUCUCAGUCCCUUCUAGAUGUCUGUUUGAGGGUCUAGAGCCGGAAACUCCAAAGUUGAAUAAAACCGAAGAGAGCAAUUCAUCCGGUGGCAUUCGCCGUAUUGCUGCUGGCGGAAAUCAUACCCUUCUUCUCUAUUCUAGUGGGGCUGUGUAUGCGGCUGGGUGUAAUGAGGAUGGGAGGUGUGGGGUUGGUUCCGGUGAUGCGGUGAGGUUUAGGAGGGUUGUUGUGCGUGAUGGGGAUGCGCUGGUGUAUGAGACCUUUAGCGAUGUUUCGGCGUGUUGGGAGGGGUCGUUUCUUGUUGGAGAUGGAGGGGAGGGGGUGUUUGUGCUUGGGUCGGGGGGGAAGGGGGAGCUGGGGCUUGGGGAGGGGCUUGCGCGGGCGGCGGUGCCGAAGAGAAUUAGGGAUUUUCCGCCGCCCGGGACGAGGGUUGUCUCUGUUGCUAGUGGGAUGGGGCAUACAGUUGUUGUGUUGUCGAGUGGGGAAGUGUAUGGGUGGGGCGGGGCGAGGAAGGGUCAGCUUGGGGAGUCGGUUAGGGCGCAGAAGGUUGUUUGGUCGCCUGUUAAGGUGGAGGGGUUGGCUUUUCGGGCUACUGGCGCUGUGUGUGGGCGGGAGUUUACUGUGAUUACGGGGGAUAGGGAGAAGGGGGAGUUUGUGGUGCUUGGGUCCGUGGAUAAUAAGUGGAAUGUUUUGUCUGAUGCCCCGGCUUUGGGAGCGGUGGCGGGGUAUCGGAGUAUUGCUGCUAGUUGGCAUGGUAUCUAUGUACACCGGGGGGAUGGCUCUGUUCUGGCUUGGGGCCGAAAUGAUCGUGGUCAGCUUCCGCCGGUGGAUUUGCCGGUUGCGAGGGAGCUGGCGGUUGGGAGUGAGCAUGCUAUUUAUUUGCUUGAUGGUGGGACGGUUUUGGCGUUUGGUUGGGGUGAACAUGGAAAUUGUGGACCUGUUGCUGAUGAACAGGGGAAUGUAAAGGGGAAGUAUAGCUCGAUUCCUCUCCCAACUGAAGGGGGUUCCGAUGUCCUUGGUGUUGGUGCGGGCUGUGCGACUAGCUGGGUCAUUAUGUCAUGACUGGCUGAUGAUCCUAUAGAAGCCAGGGGAAACCCCUGUGCAAUGGUCCAUGACUGCCAACUUUCAUCCAAACGAUAAGUGGUUGGGAUAAAUUUCUGGCUUUCUCAGUCGAAAAGACCAAGACCUUGAAUCUGCAGAGAGUUAGCCGGCUGCUGC